AUGUCGCACCAAGCAUCGACCGAGCUGGAACCGCUCGUCAACAACUUCGAGCACCUCUCAGACAAACGAAGGGCGCCAGAGGCUUUGCAGGCUCUUCGAAAGAUAGCCUCGCUAGUCAAGCCACUAAUGAGACAACGGAAUUGGAGAGUAGGGACUCUAGCCGAGUUCUAUCCCCCGGAGAACAACCUUCUCGGACUCAACAUCAACCAAGGACAGAAAAUAUGCCUUCGCUUACGGCAUGCUGGCGACGAAACACAGUUCCUCCCAAUCGAAUCUGUUGUCGACACAAUGCUUCACGAGCUGGCUCACAAUGUUCACGGCCCACACGACCAGCACUUCCAUGCACUUUGGGACAAACUCAGAGAUGAGCACCAAGCUCUCGUCAUGAAAGGCUAUACUGGAGAAGGCUUCCUCGGCCAAGGCAAUAGGCUUGGCGGCCGUCGUAUGCCUCUCAACGAGGCACGAAGAAAGGCACGUGCAGCGGCAGAGCGGCGCAAGACCCUCCAAGCAGGAAGUGGGCAACGACUGGGAGGCAGCGGAAUCAUGCGCGGGCAGGAUCCUCGCGCAGUGAUUGCAGCUGCUGUGGAGCGUCGGCAGAGAAUCGAGCGAGGAUGCGCCAGCAACACCGACAAGGGACGACAACUCGAACGGGAGGAAGUGAACAAGAAAAAUGUCACACGGACGACUGUUGACCAUGAAGACGAAGACGAGGCUACCAUGAUGCAGGCGUACAUCGACCUGAUCCAAGAGGAUGAGCAGAAUCAGCUAGGGGACCUCUACAUUCCCUCCAGCCAGGAAAACCCGGCAGGCUCCAAGUCGCUACCUAGAGAGCACCCAGGCAAGCUUCUACAACGACAGCGCGAGAUCGAGGAUGGUAUUCGCAAACAGACGCAAACACCACCACAGCCCUCAGCACCUCCCCAGCCCAAAGCAAGACCCAAGGAGCCGUCUCCACCACCAGCACCCGACACCUGGACGUGCGAGAUUUGCACGCUAGUGAACCCCAUCAACUAUCUAACCUGCGACGCCUGCACCGUCGAACGCCCUGCACACAUCUCAGCCCAAAUCCCCUCAGCCACACCCUUCCCACCGCCUCGAAGCCACCACCACCCCACGACAUCACGAUCCUCCAAUCCCGAUAAUCACCGAGACCGAGACCGAGACAGAGAGCGGCCCGCGGCAUUCGCGCCACGGCACAACGCCUACGACAACCUGAAGCGCUUCGAGCAGCAGAGCCAGACGAAGCGCGACACCAAGCCCCUGGGUUGGACGUGCCACGGCUGUGGGAACUUUAUGGAGCUGGAGUGGUGGACCUGUAGCGUGUGUGGCGUCAUGAAGGCGAGUUCUUGA